UGCAUCAUCAUUUAGCUGGAGUAAGUUGGUGUGACAGGCAGGAGCUUAAAUACAAGCCCCUGAGGAAGCCGAGCUGGUUUCUGAUGAUAGGGCAGCAGCAGCAGCCACGGCAGGACUGGGGGCAGAAGGAGGUGGAGGAACCCACAGCACCAUGGACACACAGGUGUUUCUGAGGCGUAAUUAGAUAGCUGGGAGUGAUAAAAUACAACUUUGGAGUUUUCACCUGUGAACACAAUAGCACUGAGACAGACCAUCUGAAGGCAUAGAGGAAGAGAUCGAUCAGUCACACCAAGAGACAUCAAAGUUGAAAGUUUUUUCUUCCUGUUUUGUUUUUUCCCCCGUGUGCCACUGCCAUGGUCAGGAAGCCUGUUGUGUCCACCAUCUCCAAUGGAGGUUACCUGCAGGGAAAUGCUAAGGGAAAGCUGCCUGCCAUGGGCAGCAAAGAGCCACCUGAGCAGGAGAAAGUGGUGCUGAAGAAGAAAAUCACCUUACUGAGGGGAAUCUCCAUCAUCAUUGGCACCAUCAUUGGCGCAGGAAUCUUCAUCUCCCCUAAGGGCGUGCUCCAGAACACCGGCAGCGUGGGCAUGUCUCUGGUUAUCUGGACGGCCUGUGGGGUCCUCUCGCUAUUCGGAGCUUUGUCCUAUGCCGAACUGGGAACAAGUAUAAAGAAAUCUGGGGGUCAUUACACGUAUAUUCUGGAAGUCUUUGGCCCGUUACCAGCUUUUGUACGAGUCUGGGUAGAGCUGCUCGUAAUACGCCCUGCAGCGACUGCUGUGAUAUCCCUGGCAUUUGGACGAUAUAUUCUGGAACCGUUUUUUAUUCAUUGUGAAAUUCCUGAACUUGCAGUCAAGCUCAUUACAGCUGUGGGCAUAACUGUAGUGAUGGUCCUAAAUAGCAUGAGUGUCAGCUGGAGCGCCCGGAUCCAGAUUUUCCUAACCUUUUGCAAGCUCACAGCAAUUCUGAUAAUUAUAGUCCCUGGAGUUAUGCAGCUAAUUAAAGGGCACACACAGCACUUUAAAGAUGCCUUUUCAGGAAGAGAUGCGAAUAUUAUGGGAUUGCCACUGGCUUUUUAUUAUGGAAUGUAUGCCUAUGCUGGCUGGUUCUACCUCAACUUUGUUACGGAGGAAGUGGAAAAUCCUGAAAAAACCGUCCCCCUUGCCAUAUGUAUAUCGAUGGCCAUCGUCACCGCUGGCUAUGUGCUGACAAACGUGGCCUACUUUACCACCAUCAGUGCUGAAGAGCUGUUGCUCUCAAAUGCGGUGGCAGUGACCUUUUCUGAGCGGCUCCUGGGAAAUUUCUCAUUAGCAGUUCCGAUCUUUGUUGCCCUCUCCUGCUUUGGCUCUAUGAAUGGUGGUGUGUUCGCUGUCUCCAGGUUGUUCUAUGUUGCAUCACGAGAGGGUCACCUUCCAGAAAUCCUCUCCAUGAUUCAUGUCCGAAAACACACUCCUCUGCCAGCUGUUAUUGUUUUGCAUCCUUUGACGAUGAUAAUGCUCUUCUCUGGGGACCUGAACAGUCUUUUGAAUUUCCUCAGUUUUGCCAGGUGGCUUUUUAUUGGGCUGGCAGUUGCUGGGCUGAUUUAUCUUCGAUACAAAUGCCCAGAUAUGCACCGUCCUUUCAAGGUGCCACUGUUCAUCCCAGCAUUGUUUUCCUUCACGUGCCUCUUCAUGGUGGCCCUUUCCCUUUAUUCGGAUCCUUUCAGUACAGGGAUUGGCUUCGUCAUCACUCUGACUGGGGUCCCUGCAUACUAUCUCUUUAUUAUAUGGGACAAGAAACCCACGUGGUUUAGAAGAAUGUCAGACAAAAUAACUAGAACAUUGCAAAUUAUACUGGAGGUUGUACCAGAAGAAGAUUGUCAUGAAUUGUGAACUAAUGCUUUCUGAUCCUGGGCAACCCAGCCUUAUUUCUGCCCAAGGGCAGAAACACAGCAUGGAUCUUUACAUCAUUUUCUGGAAAUCUAGAGAAUUUCAAACUUUGGUGAUGGCCUAAAGGAGUCAGUUAUUCCUAUCUAUGUCUUAUAAUGUAUUCAAACUGGUUUCUAAGAAAUUUAGAUACAACAAUGUGUAGUUAUAGGAAGCUGAUACGCAGUUGCACCAGAAGUUCAUAUAAUUUCUGAGAGUCGCUGAUGCCUGCUUGGUGGGGUUGGGGAAGAAGACUAAGGGAAUGGACACUCACAUUAACGAUCAUCUUAUCAGGGCUGAGAAGCUUCAGUUUGAAGACUGAGAUAUAUUUUGUAUACAUGGGUUUAGUAAAAAUUAUUUUACAUACUGUAGAUAGCUAUACUGUGAAAAGUGUUUUCUAUCCUUCUGGGAGGAAAAAGCAGAAGUCAUCAUCAUGGCGAGGAAGAAAGAAAUUUACUUUACAUUGGUAUUACAGUAUUUCUGCUAUACAGACACACCAAUUUAGAUAUUUCUUAUCUUUUUAAUGGGUUAUAUGCAGAGCAUUUUGAACAAAGGAGUGAGGGAAAAUGCCUGGUUCUCUUAAAGGAGAGCCUCCAGGGGUUCUUGUUUAUGAGAGAAACCCAGGAAAUGUACGUAAAUAAAAAUCCUUGAAAUUUAUUAUAAUCUAAUAAGUAUAUAUUACAUGUUUUCCUUAAUUAUCAGGAAGUCCAUUGUUACGUGCUAUUUUGUUUUCAUGUCAGUGAAUUUGAUUAGGAAAGGAUAUAACAAACACUGUCUUUUCCGAGAGCAAUAGUCAGUUUGGCGUUAAACCUUCUUCAGAAAAACUACCUGUUUCACUAAUAAUUUAUCACUUGAAAAAUAGAUCUAAAUAUGUACAUUUUUUUAAUCUUCAACUUUUAACAUCAGCAUGAGAAAAAUCACCAAGAAAGAACAUGCCCAAAGUAUUAUGUCCAUCAUGAUAAUCAUCUAUAUUCAAUGUUUGUAAUUCUGAUGUACAUUUUUUAAAUUUUAUAACUAUUUUGACUGGGAGAUGAAUUUUGACAGUUUGUGCAUUUCCUUUAUAUAUUUUACAUUCUGUUAAAAUAUCCCUGCAGAUAAAACUGUGCAGAUCAAUUAGGAAAAUGCAUAUAUUUAGGUAAGAAUUCAUAAAGAAAUGUUACAGCUAAAUAAGAUUUACAACCGAGGUUUCUAAAAAUUUUCCACUUCUGUAUCUAGUCUUUGUCAGUAAUUUCCACACCUUAAUUAUCAUUCAGCUUGGAAAAGAGAUAACAGAUAACAAUUCAUUGGAAUAAGGAGAAACUGUCCAUGAGUGUGUGUCUUCAGGCAGGUGUUUUUAUAUGAGGGUGAGAAUAUAUUGUGGAAUUUUCAAAUGAAAGUAAUAGAACGAUGACAUCUGUUAACUAUUAUUUAUAUACAUCUCAGAGUAAAUGUCUCGUUAUGGCUAGAGUCUUUUUCAUCCUUUAAUUUUUGUCCAUUUGAAAAUGAGGAUUUUUGAAAGAAUCUAUAAAGAAUUUAUUUAUUUUUUUAAUUUCUGGUUUCUAGUAUCUCUUUAAAGAGCCCUGAUGGUGCACUGUGUAAGAGCUCUACUGCUAACCCAGAGGUCACUGGUUUGAAUUCACCAGCCACUCCACAGCAGAAAGAUGUGGCACCCUGCUUCCAUAAAGAUUUGUAGCCUUGGAAACCCUAUGGUACAGUUCCACUCUGUCCUGUAGGGUCGCUAUGAGUCGGAAUCGACUUGACAGUAAUGGCUUUUUUGUUUUUUAAUCUCUUUGAAUCUAUCACUGUGCACAUUAACUAGACUAUGUAUCACUCUUUCUACCAAUUUUAGAAAUGAUUUUUUUUUUUAAAUUUCUAAUGCCAUCGUGAUGCCAUUUUAACCAGCCAGAUAUUCAGUCAGUAAUAUAAAAAGAAAGCAAUGGAGGUUAGUUGUGCUUCAGCUUAUUUUUAGGGCACAUCAUGACAAGACACGGAGUUUUUGUAACCAGGAAAUCAGUAUUCAUAAUUUUGGUUCAUAAUGGUAGCGUGAGCCCUGGUGGCACAGUGGUCAAGGGCUCAGCUGCUAACCAGAAGAUCAACAGUUUAAAUCUACCAGCUGCUCCUUGGAAACCCUAUGGGGAAGUUCCACUCCGUCCUGCAGGGUUUCCAGGAUUUGGAAUCGACUCGACAGCAAUGGGUUUGGUUUUUUUGGUUUAGAGCAUAUUCUAGUUCAAAAACUCUCCUGCAUACUUUUAUAUAUGUGUACAUUUUUAUAGUAGCUGAAAUUUUUCUAAUACAUUUGGAAAGGCACAUUUAUAUAUAUAUGUUUUAGCAUAUGAAAAAUUUUAUAUGCUACACUUAUACCAGUGUGCAUACUCAAAUGUUUAUAUAAUUGAGUUUAUCAUAACACAAAAAGUAAAUGUGGCCACUACAGUUUAAGACAACUAAUAUAUUUUUUUCAAAUGUUCUGCCUGUUGUAGGCACACGGAGUCUAAAUAAUGAUGAUUUAAAUAGAUCUAGUAAAGACUUUCAAAGCUAAAACACAAUUUUAUUUUAAAAAAUAGAUUAGUUCUUCUUAAAUAAUUAUGAAUAUUUGCAGUAAAUAUUUACCUCACAGUGCUGUUUUGAUACCAUUUUUAAAUAUUAGAUUAUUUAUAUUAUUAGUUUAUGUAUUAGAUUAGUUUCCUCAGUGGAAUAAUACUGGACAAUUACACAUGGUGGUUUGGUCAGCUAUAAGUAAAUCCUAUUAUUGUCUUCAUUCAGAGGAUUAAAGAUUUGUCCUGGAAAAAGACCCCACAUCGACACAUCAGUGUUAGGUGUGCACGCGCACAGACAUGUAUGAGCACGCACACACACGUAUGUGCACUUGCACCUGUAAUUCUCCCACCUCUGCUGGUCCCAAAUUAAGACAGCUUAUUACGUUAUAUUAGCACUAGAAUACACACGUGCAGAUAAAUUUCCAGAUUAUCUUACAUGUCUGGUAAAAUUGUUUCCCCAGUUGCUAUUUGAUACAUCAACAGAUGGUUAACAGGAGUAUAAUUAAAUAACUCAACAGCUUUCUUCAUGAACUGUAGUCAGUCUUCAGGAAACUCAUUAUUUUAUCUCUUUUUGCAGAUGAAUGUAAUGCCAACUAAGAAAGGGAGCAUGUUUGACCUUUGUUAAAGUUGAUCUAUUUUAUAAUUGAGAUAUAAGUUAUGAAAAGAUAGAAAACUGAAGGUCAGAGUAGCAGGAAAUGAUAGGUACUAAUUUAUGUUACUGGAGGUAACAGCAUUUUGAUGUAACUUAUUACAGAACAUAGAGAAACAUAAAGGUAGUCUUCUGCUGUGUGUAGGUGGACAUACUGACAAGCUAGUGAAGCUUAAGCUUCAAUGCCCCUCUCUUAGAUGUGCCCUUUCCACGGUCCUGUACUUAAUUUUACGUUAGGUGUUUUGUAUUAUUUUCUAUUGAAGUAAGAUGAACAAAAUUGUAUACAUUUUGGCCCUACGAAACCUGCAUCAGCCCCUGUGAGUAAGAUAAAAUAAUUCCCAUUACUUUUAAGUGUGGGGUAUUGUAAGGUAUAUUUUUAAAUAAGAAAAUUGAAAGCUAGCUGAAGUAUCUAUACGUAAGUGCUUUUUCCAUAGUUAAUAUUAGGUAAUAUAUAAGAAGGUAGUUUUAGUUCUGCAUAACAGAAGAACAAUAAGCAAUAUUUCAAUUGUAGCUCUUUCACUUAGUUUGGAAAGAAAUAUUGAGAGAUUUGGGAUUUGAGUGCAGUUGACUCAAGAAAUUUGAAAUUUUUCUCAAAUAUAAUCUUGCUUCAUUUUCCCUUAGAUAGAAUGCAGUAGUUUGGUGCUGAUACUGUUUACAGAGUUAGAUUUCAUUUUUCUAACCCAUCAAAGUCUGGAGUUAAAGCAUGGCAUCAUAAAACUGGCAAGAAGUUCAUGGUAGAUAUAAGUUAGAUUAGGUAAUGAGUCAUCUUGACAGCUUCUGUUUACAUUAUGUAUCUAUGUAAAAGAAUUAUUACGUACAUGUAUUUUUAAAGUAAUUUUUCCAUAAACAGUAUCUUUAUCUCAGCAUAGUCCUUCAGUGGCACAAAUGGCCAAGUGCUUGGCUGCUAACUAAAAGGUUGGCACUUCCAACCCACCCAGAGGUACCUCAUUACAAAGUCCUGGUCAUCUGCUUCUUAAAGAUGACAGCCAUGAAACCCCUGUGGAACCGUUCACACAGGGUCACCGUCAGUUAGAGUCACCCAGAAAGCUACUGGUUUAUCUCAGCAUCUGUAAUACCUAAAAGGAUGUCUUCUAGGUAGAUCGUAAUUUAUUAGUAGUGUAUAUUUUAAUAUUCUUGAUUUGGGGAGGUUCCUUUUGUUACAUUUUCAAAUUAAUCAACAUCUAAAAAUCAAUGUUUGGUCUCUUUUUAGAUCUUGUGUAGAUUCACAGAUUUCCAUGGUCUCAUGGAAAGGUCUUCAUUUUCCAGAUUUUGUGAGAUAUUGUCCUUCCGUACGACCUCAUAACAAUGUUAACUUGAUAUUUUGAGAUACUUCUCUGUUUUCUUUGAAUGCAUCUGACUUCUUUUGUCUUAUUUUGUAUUUUUUGACACUGUGUCCUUAAGGUAGGAAGUGAGUCUUUGAAUUUAAAUUUGAAUCUAUAAAAUUGUGCACAUUUUCUUGAUGUGAAUCUACCAUUUAGGUUACCUUCUUGGGAAUCUCUCCCAGUGCCCCUCCUCUUGUUACCGUGGGGUUUAACGGAGCUUGGUCAUGGUCUGCAAAUAGCUAUCUGUUACGUGUGUAUAUCCACCUACUUGGAUCAGGGUACAUUUACAGUAUCAAUAACGGCCUUUGCAGUUUUACAGAUAACAGUUCUCUCCAGAAACUGUGGACCAUUAGACGUCUGAGAACAAUACAGAUGGUCACACUGGUUUGAAAGUGCACAUAUCUUCUUUUUUCCUCCUGGUACAUACACUACUGAUUUAAACAAACAAAAAAGUGUGACUUUCAAGUGAAUUAAUUUAUUGAUUAGAAGGUCUGCUUACUGAGUCCUGUUACCUGUAAAGUCCUAUUGAAACCUCCAGAGACUAUGUUGAAAGCUAGACAAAAAAAAAAAAAAAAAAAGGAAUGUUAUAUUAAGAUAGAAAAAUACUUUGGGGAAGUUAAAAAACAGAUUGUUUCACAUGAAUGUAUGUUUAUAACAGAAGUCAUGAUCUACAUUGAAAUACUGUGUAUAGCAAUUAUUUCAAACACUACCACAUCGUAGCUUUUUAUUGCUUUGAAAGCAAAACAAAACAAUAUAGCUACUAUUAUUGCACAAACUACAAGAAUGCUCCAAAUAUUUUAAGUAGUGUUUUUUUUUUGUUUGUUUUUAAUGUAAGAUUUUUUGAUACUCUUAAUUUAUUUGGAAAGAAAAGUGUUACUUAAUAGUUUUUCCUUGCGAAUGUUAUAACUACUGUUAUAAACCUGGAACUAAACUUUUAAUAUGUCUAUCUUAAAACCUGGGUUCUGAUUUUGGCAUUACAGGCAGUCCCUGGAUUACAAAUGAGUUCUCUUCAUAAGUCUGUCUUUAAGUCGAAUGUGUAUGUAAUUCAGAACAAUCAGGUACGGUUUGUAUCUAAUGUCACUUAGUAUAUAGUAUGUAGUGUACCUUUCUAUGCAUAAAAAACAUUAAAGAAAUGCUUCCAGGUACACUAAAACAUUUUUAACAUGAUAAACGGUAAUAAUAAUAAUAUUUUGAUGAGUGUUGCAAAGUAGUGCCCAUUUGUUAUUAUGAACCCUUGUAUGCACCUCAAAUUUUUUACGUAAUAGGCUUUACAGGGGUUGGUUUGUCACAAUGGGUUGUAUGUAAAUUGGGCAUUUGUAACUCAAGAACUGCCUGUAUCCUUGUUCAGAAAGUGGCAUACCACGUAAUUUUCUGAUGAUGUUGUCUAGAACCCAUAGUACUAUUAAGAUAUACUUCGCCUUUAAAACUUGGUUGUUUGGAACACAGGCAUUGGCCCCAAAUUUCAAUCUCUUUUUAGAUGGAUUGCAGCACAAUGAUAACUAAUGAAUUGUCACUAGUACCUCUCAACAUUUUGAGAACUUUGCAAAUAUGAGCAUCAGGUGUGUUAAGAACACGUUGAUUAGAACCGUGAAGCGCACUGUCUUCUCCCUGUGCCACACGGGCGCACAAACACGCGGUUGCAUUUAUGUCACGCUGAAUGUUGUCUCCCUGUGGUUUCCUAAAAAGCACAAGCCAGGAAAAGGCACGACAAAUUGCCUCUUGUACUCAAUGCUUAGUAAACUUAAUUUGUCCUACUUUUCUGACGAAGAUUUGACUCUAAAUCUCAUUGAGCUUGGGUCUUCAUUAUCACAGCACGGACUAGAUGGUAGCGAUGCACUGGUAGAGAUGGUUUGUAGUUAUUGACUCAGAACUCAUCUCAUCAUGAAUCUUCCAUGUCUUUAUGUGUAAGUCCUUAUUUACUUUAUAAAAAAUGGGUUUUGAAAGCUUUGUGUUAAUAUGUGACCUAGUCACAAUAACUUCUUUUUCUAAUUGUAAAGGGGUAGAAAAAUUCUUAUGACCGUGGGUAUGUUCACAUUAACCCAUUACAUAUGUAUUAUGUAUUUAAAUACCUUUUCUAUUGUAUGGCAAGUGUCAGUAACUUAUGAGGACAAAAUCAAUUCAGCCCAGUGGUAAAAUGGUAGUAAGGUUACUGUUAAGGUUUAUGCUGGCAGCCAUCUCAUUGAUCUGUGCUUAAACUGCAAUUUAGAGACCACGAAUAUCCUUGAACUAGGAUCUGGAAUGCAUUUGUCAUGACCUUGUACCAGUUCCACAGUUGAAGGGCAUGGUGGGUGUGGCCUGGUCAUCUAAACAGCAACUGAGAGAUCCAGCUGGAAACAGUGAUCCUCAGUAUCAUAAAUGACCCUCAUCUCUGGAGGGGCUUCUUCAUUCUGGCAUUGUGAUAAUGAGACUUGGUAAAGGCGAUUAUGCAUAUUUUACACAUAUUUUAUACAGUGUCUUAGACUGAUUGAUAAAAGCUUAAAGAGCAAAAUUGCUUCUCUGCAUUGCAUUUCACAUUUCAACCAGAGUACUAAGAUAUUUAACUUCAAAAAUACGAAUGGUGCAAAGGGACCUUCAUUUGUGUAUUGUGUUAUGUUUCUUGGGGCUCUCUGGCACUGGUGCCUGUACCAGCAUGUAGUAUGUGAAAUAAAAUGGAUUCUUCUACAGUUAAGUGAUUUCCCUCUGGGGAGAGCUCUGGUGCAGCGAUCACACUGCCAGAUGGUGUUUAUGGGCUAUUGUGUAGGUGGUAAGAUACUAUGAAAUAAGUGUGCUUUCAUCUGGUGGAAACUCUAUGCUUGUGCUUUUUUUAUAGAAUAACAUUUUGGUGCAAUGUGAUGCCACUGUGUAUUGAAUUUACUUUUGACUGUACAUUUUUAUAUGUAUGUAGGUCAUGCUUCUAGUUGCUUCAACCUUGUAUAUCUGUUUUUGUAUAGAUUUUUACUCAAAAAUAUUUUAAAUGGGAAUUUAAAAUAAACAUUUGGAUAGUUUACAUAAUAAAAGUCAUGCUGUUAUUUUAUUUUUUAAUAGUAUGCAUCCCAUUUAAUCGAAGGCUUUGGCUUUAAUGGUUGAAUCUAUCCAUCACUGAUUCUGUGAAUUUGUUGGAACAUCCUACUUAAUAUCAAUUUCCUAUACUAAAAAAAAAAAAAAAAAUGAAGGCAGUGGCAGACUCUGUCUCCUGUAAACUCUUUUCUUUGUCGUGGCCUACAUCCAUCUGUCCUCUGGUCCAAAAUACCUAGCUGCUUCCCUCUCUGCUUUCACCUGUCUUAGUUCAGCGUCUUCUCAUCUUGUGCCUUUUGAGACAAGAGUCUUGUCUCUUGUCUCCUUCUAAUUCAGCCUCCACAUGCUUUCCCAGAAUGUUCUUUCUAAAACACAAAUGAGAUCAAAAUCAUCAGCGGUUUCACAUUUUUUUUUUUUUUUUCAGGAUAAAAUCCAAAUAACAGACAAAGCUUUUCAUAACCUGUCCCUUUUUUUACUCAAGCUACAAAUUAUCACUUCCAUAUUCUCUGCAGACAUACUAAGCUUCACUUCAGUAGUUCUAAGCAAUAUGCCACUAUUGCUUUUUACACAUUGCAGACUCUUGCAGGAAUUAUAUCUUCCACCAACACUCCCAUUUCCUACUUCCCACAUAGCAAAAUGCUAUCCAACCUUCGAGACUGAGUUCAAUAGUCAAAUUUUCUAGAAAUCUUUCCAAAGUUGUUUCAGGACCAGCUCAAUACUGAAGACCUGACACCUAAACCUCUUCAUCAUCUGAGCCAUACCUCUUUUGUAGAACUCAUUAUACAUCGUUGUAAUUGAUUUACUUGAUUCCAUUCUUCAUCAGGUGUUGCGGUUUUUCUUUCACUGAUUGAAGAAUAGUAGGUACUCAGUGUUUGUUAAAUUAAUAAGCCCAAUAAAUGCAUGUAAGAAUGAAUGACUUUAUUCAUUACAUUUCAUGAUAAGCUUUUCUUAAAAGCAGUUUUUGUUACAUCUAAAUUUUUAAACAGGAGUCCCUGGAUACUUCAAAUGAUGAAUGCACUUGGUGGCUAAAUAAAAGGUUGGCAGUAUGAGUCCACCAAGAAGUCCCUUGAAAGAAAGGCCGGGCAAUUUACUUCCAAAAAACAUCAACCAUUGAAAACCCCAUGGAGCACAAUUUGACUCUGACACACAUAGGGUCAUCAUGAGCUGGAAUCUACUGGAUGGCAACUGGUUUACCAGUUACAUUUGAGCAGUCUACCAGAUUUCAUGGAAAUUGAAUUUCUGUGGAAACUGUUACCUUUAGAUAAGAAGGAAAACUGACUGAUGAGCCAGUCUCUCUCUCUCUCUCUGUCUCUUUCCCUGCCCCCCUCUCUCCCUCCAGUUCAAGUCAUAAUGGAGAAGAUAGGUAGUCAAAUAACCUAUUAUAAAUUCGUCCUGUGAAGAGGAAUUUAGGCUCCUCUUUGUUGUUGUUGUUGUUGUUUUUGAUAAGAUAUUGUUCUCAUAAUAAUAUCAUUAAAAAAAAAUAAGUAUGUUCUGAAAUGUAGAGCAGAAGGAAACAUAAAUUUGUGAUGACCAAACUUUGCUUUGAAUUAGACAUGCGGGAUGGAGUAAUACUUUUCCAGGUAAAUGUUUUAGGAGAACGUUAAAAAAGGAAACUUGUAACCUUGGCACAUAUUAAAUCUACACAGUUUUGAAAAUAAAUCCAAACCUCGUGAUAAAUAGGUAUGAUUAAGAUUAAUAAAUAUGGCUGGACAUGAGCUUAAUGAAAAUACAUUCAAAAUAUUAGAUGUUGUGUAAUGUCUACUAAUUUGCUGUUAAACUGUCAUUAGUCUUUUAGACAUGCUGAUUUAGGUUCACAAAGACAUGCAGCUAGAACUCACCUACUAAUUUUCUACCUGAAUUUUUAAUCUGUGUCUAAUUGUACAAAUUUGAGGUGAUUGUAUAUAUUGGGGGUGGGGUGAUCAGGCUAUGAGGGUAUAAAUGUAGGGUUGAUUUUGCCUCCACCUACCCUAAAAAUUAUACCCGCAGACUCUGCAGAUGGCUGACUUUGAAGUUCAGGUCUUCAUAACCAUCUUACUGUUUUUACAGUCUUGAGUUUGAAAAAACUUGAUCACAAAAGGGCACUGGCUAGAAUUAUGACCUAUAAGCAUUUGACGUUUUAAAGAAUUUAGAAAUAAAAACAUAAUUAGAAUUCAAUGCCCUUUAAAAUUUUAUCCUCAAAGAUUUAUCAGUCUCUAAAAUGCAUGAAACAGGAUUUUGGGGGUGUUUGUUAGCAAACGAAGGAACAUUGGUGGUGUAGUGGUUAAGAGCUCACAUGCUAACCAAAAGGUCGGUGAUUUGAAGCCACCUGCCACUCUGUGGGAGAAAGAUGUGACAGUCUGCUUCAGUAAAGAUUUACAGCUUUGGAAACCCCAUGGGGCAGUUCUACUGUGUCCUAUAGGGUCCCUAUGAGUCAGAAUCAACUCAAUGGCAAUGCAUUUUGUGUUUUUGUUAGUGUAGGCUAAACACUACAAAAAUAAAAAAUACCCUCCAAUAACAAUAAUGUAAUUAGUAAGUAUAAAUGAAUAUAACUCCAAGAAAUGUGUGGACAAGCCAGUUACUUCCUCUCAUUUUCAUUUUUAUCUCAAAUAAGAGAAACUAAUCUUACCUUUGACGUAGUAAUUAACAUAAAAAAAUAUAGUAAUUAACAUACUAUAUAACAAUUUGUUAUCAGGUAUUCCAUUUCCUAAAUUUUUCUUCAUAUUCUGAAUUCUUAAAUUUACUUUUUACUCCCAAAUGGUCAUGUUCCUUUCACAAUUUGCUACUCAAUGAGCUAAACUCAGAAUUGAAUUAUUCAUUUAUUGAUUAGAUAAAAAUUCCCUACAUGCCUCUACAAUGUGGUGGGUGCUGGAGAUACAGUAGUUAACAUUUUAGGCAUUACAUUAACUCUGCUUCAUGAAACUACCAUCUAGUUGGGAAGAUAGAUUUUUUUUUUGUCACUCAAAUGUAUAAUUACAAAUUGGGAUAAAUCUCAAUUGCUAUGAGACAGUAUAACCAGGGGACAUGAUCUGGUUUUUGUAGGUUGGAAAUGCUUUCCUGAGGAAGUAAUAUUAUCUGAUACUAAAGAAUGUGUGCGCACUAACCAGGUAAAGAGGUGGGUAGAGCAAGAGGUGUUCAUAGACAAAGUGAAUAGUCUGACAAACGCCCGGAGACAGAAAAAAAGCAAGAUUUAUUUAAAGAACUAAAUUAAUGACCAAUGUGAGGAGGGCAAAACAAGAUAGUGAAGUGAAUAAAUGGUCCCAUUUACUCUCCCAGCAACUAACCCACUGAACAAAGAAUAAAAACAAGUGCACACAGAUCUCAGAACUCCAGAUGCCAGCUGAGGCAUGGGAGAGUUGGGUUGAGUCCAGAAGCGGGGGAUAUCGGAGGAACAGGGAUACCACAGAAGCUGGGAGAACCUACUUGCUAACAUCUGGAGCACUCGCUCAUCACAACACCCCAAACUGGGAACACAGAAAAGUUGCUAAUCUGAGGAAGCUGUAGCCUGAUUAUUUUUUUAAUGCAGCACAGGUUGGUUAUGGGAGUAUAUGGGCCACGAUAUUGGGACAGGGUGAAAGGAGACCAUGGUGCUGUGAGAGAGGGUUUCUGAAUCUCACUGAGGCAUGAGAAGAAUGGGCACUAGGACCAGGAGGAACUGCAGGGACAGCAGGCCAAGAUAAUACUUCAGCAGAUAGAAUAAAUGAAUUAGAAGACAAAAUAACUGAAUUUAUAAAGUCUUGAGAGAAAAGUGAGCAAACCAAUUACAAACAUGGGAUUCAAUUAUGAAAUCUAACAUUAGAAUUAUUGGAAUCCCAGAGCAUCAUGAAAGCAACAAAGGCAUAGAGACAAUUUUCCAAGACCUAAUCAGAAUUUCCCAGUCUUGAACAGAGAACUAAGCUUGCAAACAGAGGAAGCUUCAUAAACCCCAAUUAGAAGAAACAUAAAAAGAUCAACUCUGCUCCAUAUCCUAAAUAAAUUUUUGAAAACAAAAGACAAGAAGAGAUUUCUAAAAUCAGAGAGAGAAAAACACAAUAUAACAUACCAAGUCUCUUUCAUAAGAAUCAAUUUGGAUUUCUCCCCAGAAAUCGUAGAAGCUGGAAGACAGUGGAGAGACGUAUAUAAAAUCCUGAAUGAAAACAAUUGCCAACCAAGAAUUCUUUACCCAGCAAAGCUGACAUUCAGAAAUGAGGGAGACAUCGAGACAUUUAGAAACAAACGGAAACUCUGGGAAUUUGCUACUACCGGGCCAGCUUUACAAGUAUUAAUCAAGGUAGUACUCCAAAUGGAAGGGCAAGAGCAUUAAAUAAAUACUCAUGGCUAUACACUGGGGAAAAAUAAAUAAAAAAUAAGAGAGAGAGAGAGAUCCAAAAAAUGCAACAACAUGGGCAAUCAUAAAGACCAAGUAUAUGAUAUUUUCAGUGAAUAAACUCAGUAGUUAAAUCUCACAAACAAUACAACAUCAGGUUUGUAAGAAAUAAUUAUAAAGGAAACUUGUCAAAUAUAGGUUGUAUAUUGAUGUUAAUGGAGAUACAUCAACAGAAAUGGGGAAGGGAUGAGCAUAUCUGGAAUAGAUUUAACAUGUUAAGGUUGUACGUUAACUAUUGUUCAUAUGUUAAAUGCUUUUGCAACUGUAACUUGUAAAAUGUAACCACUAAGAAGUCACUGAGAAAAAAAAAAAUUCAGAAGAAAACAAAGAAAAAAGCAAAAAGGCUCAUCACAAGCAGCCAAAUACAAACAAAAACAGAAAAAUCAGAAUGAAAAGACAAAGAAGAUACAAAAUACCCAGAAAACAAAUGGCAAAAUGAGUGAGGCAGACAGUUUGUUUUUCGGUAAUAAUCUUAAAUGUAAAUAGUCUAAACACCCCAUGCAAAAGGCAGAGAGUGGCAGUAUGGAUUAAAAAAAAAAAAAAAAGAUUCAUCUUUUUGCUGUCUACAAGAAAUACACCUUAGACAUAAGGACAGAAAAAACUGAAAAUAAAAAGAUAGAGAAAAAUAUUCCAUGCAACUAGUAAGCAAGAAAAAGCAGGGGUGGCCAUAUAUAGAUAUCAGAUAAAAUAGACUUUAAGUAAAAGGGUCAAUCCAGCAAGAAGACAUAACAAUUAUAAAUAUAUAUGCACCUAACAGCAAUGCAUAAAAAUACAUGAAACAAAUACUGACUAAUAAUAUGAAAGGAGAAAUAGACAACUCCACAAUAAUAGUAGGGUAUGUCAAAACACCAAUUUCAAUUAUAGACAGAUCUCAAAUGAAGAUCACUAAGGACACUGAGAAUUUAAAUAAAACCAUAAACCAGUUAGACCUAACAAAUAUAUAUAUAACACUCCACCCAGCAUUAGAACAAUAAAAAUUCUUCUCCAAUGCACAUGGAUCAUUCUUCAGAAUAUACCAUAUGUUAGGACUAAAAACAAAUCUCAACAAAUGUAAAAAGAUUGAAAUCAUGCAAAGCAUAUUUUCUGACCAUAAUGAUAUGAAGCAAGAGAUCAACAACAGGAAAAAUAAGGAAAAAAAAAAUAAUACAUGGAAAGUAAAUAAUACACUACUAAAAAACUAUUGAGUCAUACAAGAAAUCAAAAGUGAAAUUAGAAAUAGCUAGAAUCAAACGAAAAUAAAAACAGCGUAACACCUUUUGGACACAGCAAAAGGAAAAUCACAAAAACUAAAUGUUUACAUUAAAAGGGAAAGAUCCAAAACCAUUAACUUAAACCUUUAUCAAAUAGCAAACGAAGAGGAAAAGAAUCCAAAAGCUAUCAGAAAAAAGGAAAUAAUAAAGAUCAGGGCAGAAAUAAAUGAGAAAGAAAAACAAUAGAAAAAAAUCAAGAGAACCAGAAGUUGGUUCUUUGAAAGGAUCAAUAAAAUAGACAAACCACUAGCUAGAUUGAUAAAAGAAAAAAAUCAGAAGAGACAAAUAACCAAAUUAAAAAACAAAAUUAGUGACAUUACAACCAAUCCAACAGAGAUAAAGAAGAUCAUAACAGAUCACUAUGAAAUAUGGUACUCCAACAAAUUUGAAAGCCUACAUGAAAUGGACUAAUUCCUAAAAAUAUACUACUUACCCAAACGAAUACAAAGUUAGAAAAUUUAAGAAGACCCAUUACAAAAGAAGAGAUUGAAAAUGUCAUAAAAAAAUUGCCUACAGAAAAAAAAAGCCCAGGACCGUAAUGCUACAUUGGUGAAUUCUACCAAGCAUUCAGAGAAGAGGUGAUAUCAAUCCUACUCAAUCUCUUCAAAAAUAUAGAAAAGGAAGGAACACUACCAGACUCUUUCUAUGAAGACAGGAUAACCCUGAUGCCUAAACCAGGCAAAGACAUCACAGAAAAAGAAAAUUACAGACCAAUAUCCUAAAAAAAAAAAAAAAAAAAAAAAAAAUUUUUAUCCUUUAUGAA